GAGGGCAGUGUGGAAGAGAGUGAAAACAAAAGGAUCAGGCAAGAAAAGAGGAAAUGUAACGUUAAUCCAAAGUAGAGUUGGUAUGUGAGGAGGGAGAAGAACACAUUGUAAAGAGGAGGCUGAGAUCUUGGAUGGAGUGAGAGUUGAGCCCCAGUGAGAUGACUGACCAGGGCAACAACAACCAGAACAUCUCCUGCAACCCCUUUGCUGCCCUCUUCAGCUCACUGGCUGAUGCCAAGCAGUUUGCAUCAGGCCAGAAACCACAACAGCUGUCUGCUGAACCACCGUGUCAUAGUGUAUCUUGUAUCACAGUGGAGGACUCAGGAGAGAGCCAGUCGGAGUCAGAAAACUCUGUGUCAGACAGCGUUGAUGACAAUGACGACUCCGUGGCAGAGAUCAGCCGCUCCUUCCGGUCCCGACAGGAGCUGUGUGAACAGCUCAAUGUCAAUCACAUGAUCCAGCGAAUAUUUCUCAUCACUCUGGACAACAGUGACCCCAGUCUGAGAGGAGGUAAUGGGAUCCCCCCACGCUGUGUUUACCUGGAGGAGAUGGCUGCAGAUCUGGAUGGACAGGACUGGCUGGACAUGGACAACAUAGAACAGGCUCUGUUUAACCGUCUGCUACUGCUAGAGCCAGGAAACCACCUCAUCUACAUGACGUCAUGCAGUGCUGUUAACCUGUCUGCUGACCGUGAUGCUGGACAGAAGUGUGCCAUCCCUUACCUCUUUGCUUGUUACCAGAGAGCCAAAGAAGAGGUGACAAAGGUACCAGAGAAGUUAUUGUCAUUUGCUGUUCGCUGUAAGAACCUAACGGUUUCCAACACGAGGACAGUCCUGCUCACCCCGGAGAUCUACAUCAGCCAAAAUAUCUACGAACAGCUGCUGGACCUGCUGCUGGAAAGUUUCAGUGGAGCACAGCCAGAGGAGGUGGUUGAGUUUGUGGAGGAGGUCAUUUCUGGCCUACUCUCCGACCAGGAGGUGCGUACCUUCGAGGAGGUGAUAGUGCCAGUGUUUGAUAUCUUCCAGGGACGCAUCAAAGACUUGGACCUGUGCCAGCCUCUCCUCUACUCCUACCUAGAUGUUCUGCUCUAUUUCAGCCACCAUAAAGAUAUUGCCAAGGUAUUGGUGGAACACAUUCAGCCCAAAGACCCAGCUAAUGGUUUACAGUAUCAGAAAAGCCUUCUGGGAGCAGUGUUGAGUAUCUCCUGCUUGUUGAAAACCCCAGGUGUGGUGGAGGGACAUGGCUACUUCCUGAACCCCUCCCGCUCCAGUGCCCAGGAGACAAAGGUCCAGGAGGCAAACAUCCACCAGUUCAUGGGUCAGUUUCAUGACAAGCUGCACCAGAUCUUGAAAAACUUGCUCCAGCGAUCUGGUGAGACGCGCCACUUGCUGCUCUCAUGGUUGGGGAGCUGUCUGCAGGCUAACGCUGGCCGGGCCAAGAUAUGGGCCAAUCAGAUGCCAGAGAUCUUCUUCCAGAUGUAUGCCUCAGAUGCAUUCUUCUUAAACUUGGGUGCAGCGCUGCUGAAGUUGUGCCAGCCCUUCUGUAGGCCGCGUUCGCCCAAACUGCUCACCUUCAACCCUACUUACUGUGCCCUCAAAGACCUGAGCGAAGAAGAGAGGCGCAAUCGCAAUGUGCACGCAAGAGGUCUCGAUAAGGAAACCUGUCUGAUCCCUGUGCCACCUCAGCAGCCGGUGGAGUCUGCACAGUCUUAUAGCCUGCUUACUGAAAACCUCAUCCUCACACAACUCACCCUGCAUCUUGGCUUCCACAGACUCCAUGAGCAGAUGGUGAAGAUGAACCAGUCUCUUCACCGGCUCCAGGUCACGUGGCAGGAGGCCCAGCGAGCAGGCAACCCAAUGUCGGAGCAGCUCCUGGAGCAGUUUGAGCGUCUCAUGAUUGUUUAUCUGUCAACCAAAGCUGCCACCACGCAGCCCGCCAUGCUGCAAUGCUGCCUUAACCUCCAAGCUUCCACCGGUGCUCUGCUGGUUCAGCUUGGUAUGGGGAAUCAGGGGCCUGAACAUGUAGCACUCAGUUUUCCCCUGCCCACCCUACAGAAUACUGUGCUGUGCUAUGUACCAGAGUUUUUUGCAGAGAACUUGGGAGAUUUUUUCAUCUUCCUGCGUCGAUUUGCAGACGAUGUUUUGGAGACUUCUGCAGAAAGUCUGGAGCAGAUUCUUAACUUCAUCACUGUCUUCAUGGGUAACGUAGAGAGGAUGAAGAACCCUCAUUUAAGAGCAAAGCUCGCAGAGGUCUUAGAGGCGGUGAUGCCCCACAUGGAGCCGGUGGCUCCCGGUGCUGUUCAGCCAAUCGUGUUCCAGCGAGAGAGAGUCUUCUGCUCUUAUAGACAUGCACCUCAGCUGGCCGAGGCCCUCAUCGCUGUGUUUGUAGACAUUGAAUUCACAGGUGAUCCUCAUCAGUUUGAACAGAAAUUCAACUACAGAAGACCCAUGUAUCCAAUCCUCAAGUACAUGUGGGGCAAGGAGAACUACAGAGAGAGUAUCAAGCAUUUGGCGCACUAUGCAUCUGAGAACCUGGAGGCCAUGAACGCCCCUCUGUUCCUCAGGUUCCUCAACUUACUGAUGAACGAUGCCAUCUUCCUCCUGGAUGAGGCUAUUCAGUACCUGAGUAAGAUCAAGGUUCUGCAGCUGGAGCGGGAUCGUGGGGAGUGGGAAGGCCUGGCCCCUGAUGCCCGAAGAGAGAAGGAGUCCAGCCUGCAGAUGUUUGGACAACUGGGACGCUUCCACAACAUCAUGUCUAAUGAGACCAUCGGCACACUGGCCUUCCUCACCUCAGAGAUCAAGGGGAUCUUUGUGCACCCGUUCCUGGCAGAGAGGAUCAUCUCCAUGCUGAACUAUUUCCUGCAGCACCUGGUGGGUCCUAAGAUGGGUGCCCUUAAAGUCAAGGACUUCAGUGAGUUUGACUUCAAGCCCCAGCAGCUUGUGUCUGACAUCUGCACCAUCUACCUGAACCUGGGCGAUGAGGAAAAUUUCUGUGCUACAGUCCCAAAAGAUGGCCGAUCGUACUCUCCUACCCUCUUCUCCCAAACAGUUAGGGUACUAAAGAAGAUAAAUAAGCCUGGGGACAUGAUUGUGGCUUUUGGACUCCUUGCUGAUAAAAUAAAGUCCCAUGCAGACAGACAGCAGCAGGAAGAGGAGACAUAUUCAGAUGCCCCAGAUGAGUUUUUGGAUCCCAUCAUGUCCACUCUGAUGCUCGAUCCUGUUCUUCUCCCCUCCUCCAAUGUCACAGUUGACCGCUCAACUAUAGCAAGGCAUCUCCUCAGUGACCAGACAGACCCAUUCAACCGCAGUCCUCUAACCAUGGACCAGAUCAGGCCAAACGAGGAACUCAAACAGCAGAUCUUACAGUGGCUGGAUAAGCAUAAGCAGGAGAGGCUGCAGCUGGGACCGAGUGGCUAGCUACGAUCCCUCGCUGCAAUAAACAAUGGCUGCCUCCUUGUUUUCUUUCCUGGCUCACAACUCGCGUGCUCCUCUGCUUCUUGGCUUAUCCAUGGUGUGCUUGCCUCUGUGGAUUUCCUCUGACUACUCCGGUCCGACUAACAUUGCAUUAGCCUUUUCAUGCAGCCUUCAUGCUCAGUGGAUUCCCUCUGUGACAACAGUCCAGGCAAACAGUAGCCCACCGGCUGGUGACAGCUUUAAGAUCCGUGCACAAUAGCUGUUCGACUCCCGUGACCUGCGGUAACAAUAGUAGGGUUCAAUCUCUGGUUCCUCUCUCCCUGAAUACUGUGUAUUAAUUAGUUAUUAUUACAAUCAGAACUGUGGCCAGAAGUAUCAGUUUCAACAGGACUUGUUGAAUGUACUGUAUGAACUCCUGACUGACCAGCUGGCCCUAACCAGAUUUUAUACUGCAAGGUAAGUAUUUUUGGGAACUCUUAAAGGCAGAACAUGGAUGGGAUUGUUUAUGAUUUGACUUUGAUUUCACCUUCAUGAAGAAUACAUCGCGCACUGCCUUUUGAAGAUCUUGAACACCCUAUAUUUUAGCACUUUUAGUUGAAUCUCAAGUACCAUUGUAAAUAACAUUAGCAAUUAAAUUUAAGUCAUAGGUAAAACUGAAUUUGAUUGUGUGUGCUUUUUAUUUUAGUGGAAAUAAUCUAGAUUUACUUGAGAUGGUCACUGUAAUAGGACACCUGUAGCACUAAACCAUACUGGGAAAUCUGUGUUUUACCAUAUUUAGACAAGGGUCAUCAAAUCCUCAAGUGCACUUGCCUUUAAUCAUGCACUCCUUAAAGAUCUCAUAAGGAUCCGAGAGCUUGCUAAUUAAUGGGUUGUUGGAUAUAAGAAUUUAAACUGUUUCAAUUACUAUACAAUAAUUACACUAAUUUGAGCCACAUUUUAGGAUGUAGUACAUUUAAACAUAAUUUAAGAAUACCUAAAAAUGCCAAAAUACACACUAAAACUAUGUUAAUACUGACAGUGGCUCGACAGCUCCAGCAUUCUCAAAAAUCAAUCAAAAAUGGUUUAGAAAACUAUCCUCAGAGCAACGGAGGACAUACUGGUGUUUUCACCAGCUGAGUAGUAGUACUCAUGACAAGUAAACCGAUCUUCAUGUAUAAAAUCUGUGAAGUGCCCCUUUAAGACUCUCAGCAGUGAUCGUGGGCACCAAAUGAGAAAUUAUGUCAGCAUAAAAAGGCAAGAAAAUACUAUUAAAAUCCAGCUUUCUAAACUGGAAAAACAUGGUAGCUGUUGGGGAACUAUUCACCAAACUCAUAGUGAAUAAAUCUGAGGUGUUUCACAAUAUAUCUACAAUGCCUAGUUUAAAAUAUCCAGUGUGUAACACUUAGGUGACUCUACUGGCAGAAAUAGAAUAUAAUAUUCAUGGAUAUGUUUUAAUUAGUGUAUAACACCCUGAAAAUAAGAAUCGAUGUGUUUUUGUUACCUUAGAAUUACCUGCUUCUAUCUACAGAGGGAGCGGAUCCUUUCUAUGGAUUUGGCCACGUUGAACUACCAUGUUUCUACAGUAGUAGUAGUAGUUUCUCCUACAUGCUGGGAAGGCUGACCUGUUUUCAAAUGGUUGCAAUCUGCACUUUCACCCCUAGAGUCCAUUAAAUCCUACGCACCGGCCCUUUAAAUAAUUGCUGAUUUGUCCGUACAUCUUCAGCUGAGUUGAAUUGCUUCACAGGUGGAUGUUUCCAAACUAAAAUCCUGUGGCGAAACAUAGGCUUGCAAAAUGCAUCAUAGCUUUAUUUACUAUCAGAAUAAAUCCCAAUAUUUUCUAAAUUUACAAACAUAGUUUAAUUUCAAGGUCUUUACAAUGACCAUAUUUCUUGAGAUUGAACCAAAAAAAAAUCUAAAUAUAGGGUGUUAACAAAUUUUUGACCGGCAGUGUGUUUAAUAGUCAUUGACAUCCUUUGAAAUAACAUUCACCAGAUUAACUGAUGUAUCCUGAUCUAGCAUUUUGAACAGAUGUUUUUUUGUUGUGUGCAAGCAUAGUGUAUUAACAUGUGGGCAAACAGUUGAUCGAUAGAAUCGGUGCCUAAAACCAAGAGCCUUGCAGUAAAUGUCAGUGAAUGAGGAUCUGACUUGCUUCAUACUCUUAAGAGACAUAAUUAUGAGUUUGUUUCUUUAGGGCAUAUAGGAGGUUGUGGGUAGGAUAUAAAAGAAAAAAAAAGAUGAUCAGUUUUUGAGUAGCUUUUUGAAUUAAAAGGUUAUAAUUCAAAAUCAAGUGUGGUUGUAUAAAAAUGACUAAAUGUGAAAGAAAGAUUAUGUAUCUGUUGGCAUGCCCUCAUAUUGUCUGUUGAAUAUCUACCACCUGAAUGAUUACAUUGGGUUAAAUUAUAAUGCAAUAUUUUUGUUUUAAUUGUGAUUAUAAAAUGUUUAUUUUGGAUGUACAGUAUGAUUAAGAAAUAAAACUAAUGUGUGUUAUAUAA